GGCGCGCGCUCGUCUGUGGAGUUUCGGGUGCCUCACGCGCGCUGUCUAAACCCACGGAUGUCGCCUUGAGAAAAGGGCGGGGCUCUUGGGCUCAGGGGCCCCGAGAGUCCUAUCCACUGCCAGCUUCUGACCCAACAGACCCGCCUUUGGGAGUAACCCCGGGACUGCUGCGUGCGCGCACGCGCGGCGGAAACCUGGCGCAUCUUCAGCCAAUCAGAUGUCGCGUCAGGAAACACGGCUGUCAGGAAGAACCGGCCUCCACACCUGCGCCGCGCGCCUCUUCUGGACUUCUUACGGUCCGGUUCUGAUAAAAGCUGCUGUUAAGAGUCACCGACGGUCCAGUUCGAAGCGGCACAGCCUCUCUGUCAGAAAAAAAACUGACCGAAACUCCCGCGGACACCUGCUGCGGGCUGCGUGGACGAGACCCAAACCGGGUCUUAGGGUCUCAUGGGUUCUUAGUUCCAGAGCGGUUCGGAUCUGGACGAGACGAUGUCCGUGAACGACCUGUACACGAAGUUCACACGGGUCUGGAUCCCAGACCCGGAGGAGGUCUGGAAGGGUGCAGAGAUCAUCAAAGACUACAAAGAAGGAGAUCCUGUGCUCCAUCUAAAGUUGGAGGAUGAGACGACUUUGGAGUACCAAGUGGGUCCAAACCAGAACCCGCUGCCGUUCCUGCGAAACCCGGACAUCCUGGUGGGCGAGAACGACCUGACGGCUCUCAGCUACCUCCAUGAGCCCGCCGUCCUGCACAACCUGAGGGUUCGAUUCCUGGAGUCCAACCACAUCUACACGUACUGUGGCAUCGUUCUAGUGGCCAUCAACCCCUACGAGCCUCUGCAGAUCUAUGGGGAGGAGGUGAUCAACGCCUACAGCGGGCAGAACAUGGGGGACAUGGACCCACACAUCUUUGCUGUGGCUGAGGAGGCCUACAAGCAGAUGGCCAGAGAUGAGCGAAACCAAUCGAUCAUUGUGAGCGGAGAAUCCGGCGCCGGUAAGACGGUGUCUGCCAAGUAUGCCAUGAGGUUCUUCGCCACUGUGGGCGGCUCCUCCACCGACACCAGUGUGGAGGAGAAGGUUCUGGCCUCCAGCCCCAUCAUGGAGGCCAUUGGAAACGCCAAAACCACGCGGAACGACAACAGCAGCCGCUUUGGGAAGUACAUCCAGAUCGGCUUCAGCAGACACUACCACAUCAUCGGUGCCAACAUGAGGACUUACCUGCUGGAGAAGUCUCGCGUUGUCUUCCAGGCAGAGGAGGAGAGGAACUAUCACAUCUUCUACCAGCUCUGUGCCUCGGCCAGUUUGCCGGAGUUCCAAGACCUCGGCCUCACCAGCGCAGAGGAUUUCACCUACACCUCUCUAGGAGAGAACAUCUUCAUCGAAGGCGUGAACGACGCCGAAGACUUCUGCAAGACCAGAGAGGCCUUCACACUACUAGGUAUCAAGGACAGCAGUCAGAGCAGCAUCUUUAGGAUCGUGGCGUCCAUCCUUCAUCUAGGAAACAUCCAGAUCUGCUCGGAGCGAGACGGAGAAUCCUGCCACAUCUUGAGGGACGACGCCCACCUCCAGAGCUUCUGCAAACUCCUGGGGGUGGAGCUUCAGCAGAUGGAGCACUGGCUCUGCCACAGGAAGCUGGUGACGGCGUCCGAGACCUACGUGAAGAGCAUGGGCGCCAAGCAGGCGGUCAACGCGCGCGAUGCGCUUGCCAAGCACAUCUAUGCCCGGCUGUUCGACUGGAUUGUGGAGCACAUCAACAAGGCGCUACACACAUCCAGCAAGCAGCACUCCUUCAUCGGCGUCCUGGACAUCUACGGGUUCGAGACCUUCGAGGUGAACAGCUUUGAACAGUUCUGCAUCAACUAUGCCAACGAGAAGCUGCAGCAGCAGUUCAACUCUCAUGUCUUCAAACUGGAGCAGGAGGAAUACAUGAAGGAGCUGAUCCCGUGGACGCUGAUCGACUUCCAUGACAACCAGCCCUGCAUCGACCUGAUCGAGGCGCGACUCGGAAUCCUGGACCUGCUGGAUGAGGAGUGUAAGGUUCCAAAGGGAACGGACCAGAACUGGGCCCAGAAGCUCUACAAGCAGCACUCCAACAGCGCGCACUUCCAGAAACCUCGAAUGUCCAACAUUUCCUUUAUCGUCAUCCAUUUCGCUGACAAGGUGGAGUACCAGUGUGACGGCUUCCUGGAGAAGAACCGAGACACGGUGUAUGAAGAACAGAUCAACAUUCUGAAAGCCAGCCAGUUUCAGAUGGUGGCCGAUCUGUUUCUGGACAAGGAUGAUGCCCCGCCCUCUUCCAAGCCCUCCAGGGUGAACGUCAGAGCUCUGAAGUCGACUCCAAAAGCUCCCAACAAGGAGCACAGGAAGUCGGUGGGGCUCCAGUUCCGCUCGUCUCUGCACCUCCUCAUGGACACGCUGAACGCCACCACGCCCCACUACGUCCGCUGCAUCAAACCCAAUGACCUUAAGGAGGCCUUCUCGUUUGAUUCCCGGCGAGCUGUGCAGCAGCUCCGGGCUUGUGGAGUUCUGGAGACGAUCCGGAUCAGCGCUGCUGGGUAUCCGUCGCGGUGGACGUACCUGGAGUUCUUCAGCCGGUACCGGGUUCUGAUGAAGAGAUCCGACAUGACUGCUGCAGAUAAGAAGCUGGUCUGUAAGAAUCUGCUGGAGACGCUGAUUAAGGAACCAGACAUGUUCCAGUUUGGGAAGACGAAGAUCUUCUUCCGGGCCGGCCAGGUGGCUUACCUGGAGAAGCUGCGGGCCGACAAAUUCCGCUCCGCCUGCAUCGCCAUCCAGAAGACGGUCCGGGGGUGGCUGCAGAGGAUCCGGUACCGCAAGAUUCGCAGAUCUGCCGUGGCGCUGCAAAGAUACGGGAGGGGGUACCUGGCCCGCAGGUACGCAGAGUUCUUGCGCCAUAGCCGGGCCGCCCUGUUCUGCCAGAAACAGUACCGCAUGGUGAGAGAGAGGCGGGCCUACCUGAGGAAGAGGAGGGCCGUUGUCACCAUCCAGGCGUUCACCCGAGGAACGCUGACCCGCAGGAUCUACUGGGAGUUCCUGCUGCACCACAAGGCCAUGAUCAUCCAGAAGCACGUGCGCGGCUGGCUACAGAGAAGGAGGUUCAGACGUGCGCGCGCCGCCGCCGUGGUCAUUCAGUGUGCGUUCAGGUGCAUGCAGGCCAAACGGCUACUGAAGCAGCGGAAGAUCGAGGCGCGCUCCGCCGAGCACCUGAAGAAGCUGAACACCGGCAUGGAGAUGAAGAUUGUGCAGCUGCAGAGGAAGAUGGACGAUCAGACCAAAGAGCUGAAGGUCCAGAACGAGCAGCUGGUGACGGUAAACGUCACUCUGGGCUCCGAAGUCUCCAAGCUGCAGAAGGAGCUGCAGGAGGUCCGGAGCCACCGGAGCGACGGAGGCCGGGAGCUGCAGGAGGAGCUGGAGAGGCUGCGGCAGCAGCUGCAGGAGGCCAUCGCCGCCAGGAAGAAGCUGGAGGAGGAGCACGCCAGCGAGAAGACGGAACUGUCACAGAGGGUGGAGGAGCUGGAGGAGGAGAACACUCUGCUAAAAAGCCAGAAGGAGGAGCUCAACCAGCAGAUCCAGCAGCAGAGUAGGAACAGCAAAGUGGAGGCCAGCAGUGCGUCUCUGCUGGCGGAGCUGGAUGAGGAGCGACGGCGGUACCAGAACCUCCUGAAGGAGUUCUCCAGGCUGGAGCAGCGGUACGACAACCUGAAGGAGGAGCAGAGCCUGAACAAAUUCCAACCAGGACACCGGAGGAACCCGUCCAACCAGAGCAGCCUGGAGUCGGACUCCAACUACCCCUCCGUCUCCACCUCGGAGGUGGGAGACACGGAGGACUCCAUCCAGCUGGUGGACGAGAUGGGGAUGGAGAAGGCCGCCAUGGACAUCAGUCUGUUCAUGAAGCUGCAGAAGAGGGUCCGAGAGCUGGAACAGGAGCGGAAGAGGCUGCAGCUCAACCUGGACAAGAUGGAGGAACUUUCAAGGCGCAAGGGCUCGGAACCGAGAAGUCCAGUUUCUGAGCAGGAGACUGCAGACCUGGCGUACGACAACCUGAAGAGACAGGAGCUGGAAUCGGAGAACAAGAAGCUGAAGAACGACCUGAACGACCUGAGGAAGACGCUGAGCGCGGCGCCGGACGGGCCGUCCAGCGAGCUGCAGGACGGUUACAACCUGCUGCUCCGCCAGCUGAGGGCCGCCAACGAGGAGCUGGACGCCCGCAAGGAGGAAGUUCUGAUCCUGAGGACCCAGAUCGUGAGCAAGGCCCAGCAGCAGGAGAACGGCCAGAACGUGGAACCUGACGGAGGUCCAGACCGCGGCAGCAGAGAGCCUCCGGACGCCGACUCUGACCUGACAGACUACCACGGACUGUCUGAAUCCAAAAAGCUGCUGGAGGCGCAGCUGCAGUCUCAGUCGCGGACGCAUCGGGACGAGCUGGAGGCUCUGCACACGCAGAUCGAGCUGCUGAAGGACGACCUGGAGAAGAAGCAGGAGAUCCUCAACUACACCUCCUCUCUGUCCCCGGAGGCGCGGGUGGAGUACAGCGUGCAGCAGGAGAUCACCAGGCUCACCAACGACAACCUGGAUCUAAAGGAGCUGGUGGAGAAGCUGGAGAAGAACGAGAGGAAGCUGAAGAAGCAGCUGAGGAUUUACAUGAAGAAGGUCCAGGAGCUAGAAGCCGCCGUCGCCGCUCAGGGCGCCAGCUCCAGACCCGAGCUGAGCCGGCAGGUGACCGUCCAGAGGAAGGAGAAAGACUUCGAUGGCAUGCUGGAGUACAGCAAGGAGGAUGAAGCCCGCCUAAUCAAGGCUCUGAUCUCAGACGUGCGGCCCAGCUCGGUGUCCGCCACCGUCCCGUGUCUGCCCGCCUACAUCCUCUUCAUGUGCAUCCGCCACGCCGACCACGUCAACGACGACCAGAAGGUGGAGUCUCUUCUCACCUCCACCAUCAACACCAUCAAGAAGGUCCUGAAGAAAAACAACGAGGACUUCGAGAUGAUCUCCUUCUGGCUCGCCAACACCAGCCGACUGCUGCACUGCCUGAAGCAGUACAGCGGAGACGAGGCCUUCAUGACCCAGAACACUGCCAAGCAGAACGAGCACUGCCUGAAGAACUUUGACCUGGCCGAGUACCGGCAGGUGCUGAGCGACCUGUCCAUCCAGAUCUACCAGCAGCUCAUCAAGGUGGCCGAAGGCAUCAUCCAGCCCAUGAUCGUGUCGGCCAUGUUGGAGAGCGAGAGCAUCCCCAGCCUGGCGGGCGUGAAGCCCAUGGGCUACCGGAACCGCUCGCACAGCAUGGACACCGACGACGGGCCCAGCAGCUACACCCUGGAGGCGCUGAUCCGGCAGCUGGGGCAGUUCCACGCCGUCAUGCAGGAACACGGGCUGGAUCCUGAGAUCAUCGGGCAGGUGGUGCGGCAGCUGUUCAGCUGCAUCAACGCCAACACGCUCAACAACCUGCUGCUGCGCAAGGACGUCUGCUCAUGGAGCACCGGCAUGCAGCUCAGGUACAACACCAGCCAGAUGGAGGAGUGGCUUCGAGCCAACAACCUGCUCCAGAGCAAAGCCGCCGCCACGCUGGAGCCCAUCAUCCAGGCGGCGCAGCUGCUGCAGGUCAAGAAGAAGACCACGCAGGACGCCGAGGCCAUCUGCACGCUCUGCACCGCGCUCACCACGCAGCAGAUCGUGAAGAUCCUGAACCUGUACACGCCUCUGAACGAGUUUGAGGAGCGGGUCACCGUCUCCUUCAUCAGAGGCAUCCAGAACCGCCUCCAGGAGAGGAACGACCCCCCCCAGCUCCUGCUGGAUACCAAGUUCACCUUCCCGGUGUUGUUCCCGUACGCGCCGUCCGCUCUGAGUCUGGACGCGCUGCACAUUCCCGCCUCGCUCGGCAUCGACUUCCUGGUCAGGGUGUGACGGACCCUGCAGGUGCUCCCGAGGACAGAUCCUGUCCUGUACUCUGUCCAAGGCCCCCACCACUACAAGUCCAUCAGAACUUCUUUAUUGUUCCCCCAAAGUCCUGAAGGAUCCAGGUUCUGUUCCCUUUGGAUCUGACAAAGGUCAGAAGGGGCCGGGGGACAGAAGUGAGAAAAACAGGAUUUAUGCUCAGCUGCUGCCAAAAAACGGAUCUUUGUUGGUGUCUUCCUCUCAAACGCGAAGCGUUCUACAGAGAACGUAUGGAUGUCAGAGCGUCUGUCAGAACGCUGCAGGGUAGAACCCUCAGUGUGACAUCACAGAUAGUUUCUGUAGCUGAGACGGUGCCGCCCUGCUGGUCUCAGCGGGUCCCCAACAGUCCACGCCUGCCCCCUACAGGCCGCUUCUGAGCCUGCCGUUACUUCAGCUCAAGCUGCUGCUUAGCUUUCAGAGUUUUACCAACAGCAGAGUGGUGGGAGGAGCCUAAUGAGAGCUGACCAACCAGAGAAGAAUGUUGCUUUAACCGAUCGCUCCGUCUUUGAACCAGCGUUUCUUUUUAUCUUCAGCUGUGAGGCGUUUAGGGAGGCUCAGAAAUGAAGACGUCCUGAUCCUUGAAGCAGUUUUUACUUUUCUAGGGGAAAGAAAACAUUUUAAUAUGAAAACAUUUGUGACCUGGUCACAUUAGUUCACUUUCUUUGUGCAAAUCCUGUUUUGUUUUUUUCAGGGGUGAAGGGUGUUUUGAUGGGGGGGGGGGGCAGACGGGGCUUCAUGAAAGUCCGUCAUCUUCUUGGUUUGAAUCCGAGGCUUUUAGUCUGAUCCUGUUUGUCUGACUGUUGUGUGAAGAAUCACACGGUUUGCUGUUUUGAGCAAAUACCAAGUGAAAAAUCCUGAAAUUUGUUUGUUGUCUGGUUCUGGUUCCACCAGAAAACUUUCCCUUUAAAGUAAAAUGUUUGACAGAUGAAGGUUGAAAA